UGUGUUUUGUGUGCGUCAGGAAAUAGUUUAGGGAUUAGAUGCAUUCAGUUUUGGAUUUAUAAAAUUACAAAGGAAGUGAGCGUGCCAAAGAUUUCCGUUUCGUAAUUUAUUUGAAGAUUUCUCGCAGAAGUGUUUGUUUCGAUUUUAGGCCCGAUUAAAUAAGUUUCUCAAAUUUGACAGAUGGAAUUCGUGAUUCGUUAAGCUCGUCACUAAUCAGAAGUGCAGUUCGAUUCGUGGAACGAGGGAAUCCCCCAAUUCGAAAAAUCAAGGGUUUGAAUUUGUUUAUUCGAUUGGUGGUCCUCCAUGAUUGCUCGAAUUCAGGAUUGGAUCAAAUCCAGUCGUUUUUUGAGCAGGCAAGCUCAUUUAGCUCUUGAAUCCGAUAAACUUUUCGAUCGAUGGAUAUGAGCAGAAGAACAUCAAUAUGGAGAGCAGCAAAGUUGCCAAUGUACAUUGCUGCUGUGAUACAAGUCUCUAUGGUCUGCGCCGCAAAAUGGAAACACAUAAUAUGCAUACAUACAUAUAUAUGUGUGUGUGUGUGUGUGUAUGCAGGAAGACACUUCAUGUGCUGAAUUGAAUGCUGGAUUGGUGCUCUCAAGAAAUCAUGGACACCAUUUUUCUGCACAUUCAUAAUACUGCCAGGAAAGUGUGUUUUCAAAGCUGUUCAUGUUUCUGGGAUUUCCAUGGAGAAAUCCAAACCACAGUUGAAAGUUUGUUUCAUAUAUAUAUGUAGAUAUAUUUGAAGUUGCAGGUUUUCAGUUUCACUGAAAUUACAUACAUUAAGGUACGUUAUUACUCUGUCUAAAGAAUUCAUCUACUAUAAGUUGAUCUUGGAGUUAUCCUUUUUGACAAUUUAUUGCAAGUUUAAUCAAUGCUGCAGUGAUUUAUUUAUUUCCCAUACGUUUCACUCACAACACACUACUUAUAUACAUGCAUCUCCUCCAUUAAAAUUAAAUUCUUGAAACUAAGUUGUUUAAUUAUAUUUAGUCAAUAGAAUUGAAUCCAAAUCUUGUUUAGAGAUUUGUGGAAGAAUGGGAACUUAUGCUUGGCUUGGUAUCCUGUGCUGUCUGUUCUUGACAGGUUGUGCUGUUGGAGCCUGUGAUUCAUCCUAUGACUAUACUGCCACCAUUGAAUGCUUGGCGGAGCCAUUGGUUCCACAGUACAAUGGUGGGCUGAUCAGAAACCCGAAUUUCAAUUCGGGCUCGUCGGAAUGGGGAGUGUUCGGAAGUGGCAAGAUUCAGGCAAGAAACUCCAGCAGGGGCAACACUUUCUUGGUAGCAUAUGACAGAAACCUCCCAAAUGAUAGUUUCUCGCACAAGUUCAAUCUUCAGAAAGAUCUGUUGUAUACAUUCUCAGCAUGGUUGCAGUUGAAUCGAGGAAAAGAGAUCGUCUCGGGUUUCCUGGAGAUCCCCGGUGGUAGCAGGAAGCUAAUCGUUGGUUCCGUGAUAGCAAAAUCCGGCUGCUGGUCCAUGCUCAAGGGAGGCUUCGCCAUUGAUGAAAACACCAAAGCUCAGUUCUAUGUUUCGAGCAAUAAUACGAAGGUUGAAAUCUGGAUCGACAACGUUUCGCUGAAGGGAUUCACGAAAGCAGAAUGGCGAGCGCAGCUGAGCAAGAGCAUCGAGCAGAUUAGGCACCGAAGGUUGCGAAUUCAUGUCCGAAGCAACGGGAAGAAUCUCCCGGGUGCAAAAAUCACCAUCAGACAAAUCAGGCCGGAUUUUUUGAUCGGCUGCGGUUCGACAGAGAAGAUCCUCAACAACAAAGGCUACCAAGAUUGGUUCACGCGGCGCUUCCAGACGACGACGUUCGGAAACGAGAUGAAAUGGUACUACACAGAGGCGCGAUCGGGGAGGGAAAACUACGAAGUUCCGGAUGCCAUGGUUUCCUUCUUCAGAAAACACCGAAUAAGUAUCCGAGGACACAACAUUCUCUGGGAUAACAAGAACGAGACGCCUUCGUGGAUCGGACACUUCCUGCCGAGACAGCUCUUGAAAGCCGCGGUUCGUCACGUGGGCUCUGUUGUUUCGAGGUAUUCGGGAGAUGUCAUCGCGUGGGAUGUAAUGAACGAGAAUCUACACUACUCUUUCUUCGAAGACAACCUCGGGCCAAAUGCUUCCGCAAUGUUUUACCAGAUUGUUCGCGCAUUGGAUCCCUCGACUCCCCUGUUUCUAAACGAGUACAAUACCCUCGAGAAUCCGUUCGACAUGGCUGUAACACCGUCCAGGUACGUCGAACGGAUCAGCGAGAUUCAGUCCUUUCCGGGGAACGAUAAUAUCGCGCUGAGGAUCGGAUUAGAGGGCCAUUUUAUACUAAGGCCAAAUCUACCUUACAUUCGAGCUGCCUUCGAUGUUCUUGGCACCACCGGGCUCCCGAUCUGGCUAACAGAACUGGACACGAAACGGGGACCGAAUCAGGCUAUCGAGCUGGAGGAUGUAAUGAGGGAGGCGUUCGCGCAUCCUGCAGUCGAAGGGAUCGUCGUCUGGGGGAAUUGGAAGCCGACGGGAUGCAACCAUGCAUGCCUGACAAACAAGAACUACGAUGUCUUGCCUCACGGCUGCGCCAAGAUGUGUCUCAUCGACAAUCAUUUCAAGAACCUACCUUCGGGGGAUGUCGUCGACAAGCUCCUAGGCGAAUGGAGAUCUACGAACCUGACGGGGGUCACCGACGGGGAUGGGGUUCUCGAACAGACGGUAUUUCUCGGGGAGUAUUCCAUUGCUUACGACGCUCAUCCACUCGUUUCUCGCAGCGGCGAAAAGGUUAUCGCCGUGGCGAAAGAUCACGACCCGUUAGUCCUCACGAUCGAUCUCUAA